UUACGACAGCUUGCGUCAUUCCGAAACCGAAACAUCGAGCACUUUACGACACUGUUGACAACUGUGACUGUCCUUUUUCUCUCCAGUGUGUCUUUUGCUGCGCGUAUAUUUUUUGUUAUGAUUUAGUUUUUUUCACUAAAGCUGUGGGUAAAUGAGUGUUUUUGAUUUAUUUCGCGGGUUCUUCGGAGUACCCGGAGGUCAUUACCGAGGUCGAAGGGACCCCUUCUUCGAUGCCAUGACCCAUGAUGACGACGAGGAUGAUGAUGAUGAUGAGGAUGGAUUUGACUAUGAUGGCUUUCGGGGGGAUCAGCAGGACCCCUUUGACAGCACCUGGAGAUUUGGCUUCAGCUUCGGCCCCGAUGGGAUGAGGAUCCAGGAGCCUCCGGCGUUUGGCCACGUUCUCAGGGAGAUGGAGGAGAUAUUCUCCCAGCUGGGCCGCUGGGACAGACAGCAAGAGUCUGGAUACUUUGAUGUUCCCAGUAUCAUGCCACCACCAACACCACCACCACCACCUCAGGACAGACCAGAGAAAGGUGGAGGGAACCCCCUGCGAGACUUUAUGCUGAAAUCCCCUCACAGCGACCAGCCAGGGCCCCAAACAGGGCCGUCUAGAGAGCCCAGAAAUGAUGGCUGCCCUUCUUAUGAGUCACCAGAGUUCCCCAGCUCACCAUUUCAUGGCUGGACCCCUUUUUCAAAGUUUAAUGAUAUUUGGAGACGAGAGUCACAGAAACCUCCAGAGGACGAGCGCAAAGAAGACAGAGAUCUGGACUCAGCAGUGUCUUCUGGUGGUUUGGAUCAGAUUCUGUCGCCACCUGCUGGCCAGGCACCGAGCCAGCCCAGGACUCGAUCCUUCUUCCAGUCAGUCACUGUCACUAAGGUGGUGAAACCUGACGGGACUGUAGAAGAGAGGCGCACAGUCAGAGACGGCCAAGGCAACGAGGAGACAACAGUGACCCGUUCAGGUCCUACGAGCCUGAAUGGAGCAAACCAUCAACCUGAGCCUAUCCUACCAGGUGAUCAACGCCCCUUUUUGGACAUGCGGGAUGAUGACUCAUUAUUCUCCAAGUUCUUCGGAGGGUUUAAAUAACAUGUUAAGCAAAUGAAGUAUACUCUCUGGACUGCUUUAACUAUAGCAAACGUUACCUGAAAACAUUUCUUUAGAGCUGUGAGUUCUAUUUCACAUCCUAUGUAUGUUUUUAAAGGAUCUGAACUCUAAACUCUGAACUUUAUACUGCUUCUCUAUAGAUGGACAAACUGGUUGCAUGAGCGACAUUUGCCAAAAAUGUGUUGAAUUAUGGAUUCCAACUGACCACGUAGACUAGAAGCUGCCAAUCCCGAUGACUAGUGAUCUUGACAAAUCGAGACACGAGGCACCAAACAAAUCCACAGUUACAUAUUUUAUUUUUGUAUUGUCCUGUAGACAAAUCUAUACAGAUGUGAGUGUGUGUGAUGAAUCAAAUAAAGAAUCUUAAUAUAUUUA